AUGGCUUCUUCUUCCGAAUCGCAUCACUUUCAACUCGGAGUGCAAGAGGAUAACGAACAACAACAGCAGCAAGCAGCUGCACCUUCUUCCGAGACUUAUCAAUCUCUCAAUGAUAGUAGUAUUCAUAUCGAUUCUAAAAUUUUGGAUAUGGAAAGCUAUAGCAGUUCUCCAAGUUCAACACCAUCGACACCUACUCUCAAUAUUACUCAAUCAAGAAAACAAAAGGCUUUAACUUUUUCUGCGAGCUAUGAUGAGUCACCUAUAAGUGUAUCCGAUUCAAGUUUUGUGGAUUUUGAUCAUCACGAACGAUCAGUGAAUGAUCGUUUACAUUUAGUUACUCCCAACUUGGAAAAUAAUGAAGAAAAUGAUUCUAAGCAAUCUAAAAAGAAAUUAAAACGAUUUGAAGGAUUUUUAAAGUAUUUGCAUAGGGAAUUGAAUGUCAGUUCAAGAGCAGCCACUCACUUAUUUUCGAAUGAUAAUAAUAGGCAAGACAGUCCAGAAUCUGUGAAGAGUGUAAUGGAAACAGAGUCCACAACAAGUCAUAAUGGAAAACCUUAUAAUUUUCCGAAUAGUUUUGUGAAAUUAACACAUGACCCAAAAGAUAACUGCUUUACUGACGAAGAACUGAGGAGUCAAAUGUAUAGAUUUGUAGAAAUUCCAAUUCGUGUGGAACGCUUUUUGUUUUUUGGAUUUUUCAUUUGCUUGGAUACAUUUCUCUUUUACCUGACAUUCUUUCCAGUGAGAGUUUUAUUGUCACUGCUUGGAAUAAUUUUGAGUUUAAUCAAGUACUUUGUACUUUUACCAUUUAAAUUAUGUUUAAAAGCGAUUGAUAAGGAAUCAAACUCAUCCUCAAGACCACGACCGGUCCUUCACGAGAGUGUUUUAUUUGAUAUUGUGAAAUUCUUAUGUCUACUCAUUAAUAUUAUUUUAAUCAUGAUCACGACAGAUUAUUCGCUAUUGUAUCACUAUAUUCGAGGAGAGUCAAUAUUGAAAUUAUACGUUAUUGGAAAUAUGCUUGAUGUUUUUGAUAAGCUAUGCUCUGCCUUUGGGCUAGACUCUCAAAUUGCAGUACUUUACUCUGCAAAACAGUUCAUCAAAUGUUUCAUCUCCAUUUCUUCUACUCAAUCAACCUUUGAGUCUGGGCCUAGUCAAGGAGCUCUCACAGAGCUAUUUCAUUUUGUUGUGACAUUUUCAGUACAUGUGGCGUAUUUAUAUGUACAUAGUAUUGUACAACUCAUUCGAAUUGUGACUCUAAAUGCGGCUCUCAAUAGUUCCAAUUACACGUUAUUAACCAUGAUCAUUUCGACAAAUUUUGUUGAACUUAAAGGAAGCGUGUUCAAGAGAUUUACCAAAGAAAAUUUAUUUCAACUUGCAUGUAGCGAUGUGGUAGAACGAUUUGAGCUCUUUUGGUUCACUCUACUCAUUAUCGUACAAAACACAUUGAGAACCAUUGUGGACUCAACAUCAGCGCCGUUGACUGGUGUGGAUUUGAAUGAUUUUAGUGAAAGUAGUAUUGCACAAAUGGAAGGAAAUAACUCUCUGUUUGCCUUUCUAGAUGACAAGAUGGAAGAGUUUGGUCAGAUUUUUGUGUUCAUGAUUUUUGCAGAAGUGCUUGUUGAUACCUUAAAGCACACCUUUGUCUCUAAAUUCAACAAUAUCAAUCCCUCCACAUUCAAACUCUAUACUCUCAAGUUAUGUGAUGAUUUGAUUUCACAUUCCACUGAUCCCAAAAAGGGAGAUGUUGCUGUUUCAUCCUUUUUCGAUAACACCAAUCGAAGUAAGGUAGCAAGAAGACUUGGUUUUCUCGAGGGACCACUAAUCACACAUACGCUCCGAAUGAUUUUAGAAGUCAUGUUGCCAUGGCUUUUCCAUUUCGUUGCUGUAUUUGGUUACAAUGCUGCUGAUGCAAGUUGGUCCUCGAGUAGUAGUACUAUAAGUGGUGGUGUUGGUGGAGAAACAUUAUCCUCCUCCUCAUUGGAGGCACCAUCAUCAAUUUCCUCAGAGAUUUCUGGCACUCCUGCUUCCAUGAUGAUCUUUCUUCAUCCCGUCAUUAUUGUUCUUCUUGGAUUUGCAUGUUUAUUCCUUCUCAAACUACUCAUCUCUAUUAUCAUUAUUGGUCAUGCUGCAAAAAGGGUCUGCUUGUGGAAGGAUGAUCCCAACAACCAUGAUCAUUCCCAAAAUCAAGGAAAUGGUAUUCCAAACUUUCCCGAUCGCUACAUGAUGUACGAUAAGAGAAUUCCUUAA